AUGCCUCAGUACACCUCGCGGGAUGUCGGCGACCCGUCGCAGAUCAAGAAGACGAAGCAGUCCAUGGCCGACCUGAAACUGAGACGGUUAACAGAGCUCAACAGCCGUCUGCGAGAGGAUUUGGAGCGCGAACGUAUUCCCGUCAGCACAGCUGCUAAGAGGGAUUACAUGGUCCCAUCCGUAUGGGGCUCGGUACCCAAGGGCGAGGAUCCCUACGCACCGCAACAAUCAGGCAGCUGCUGUGUCGUCAUGUAA